AUGUCAGCCAUGCUGGUUAUAAUGAAGCUGCUGCUUUUCGUAACAGCAAUAGCUGUUUCGUCGAGUAAACCUUGUACCAACUGUGACGGUAACAACGUGACCUGUGUCGACGGCGUGUGUCUACCUCGCUGUGUCAGUGGAGAGUGUCUACACUGUCGGGACUCCAGGUUCUAUGGUAAACACUGUGAACAGGACUGUCCAGACACCUGUGUCAACUCUCGCUGUCAGAUGGACGACACCCGUGUUGUGUGUACAGAGGGAUGUGUGGCCGGCAAGAAGGGAGAUAACUGUGGAGUGAACUGUGAUGCCGCGUGUUCGCAGUGUGAACGUUAUGGCAAGGACUGUACGGGACGUUGUCAGGACCCUCGAUACUACGGUCCCCUGUGUAGGACAGCUUGUCCUUCCAGCUGUCGAGGUAGAUGUGAUAAAGACACAGGGGAGUGUGACAAAUGUGAUUCAGGCUACAACGGAAGUAGUGAAGAGAUGUGUCUGAGAUGCGGACCCCAGUUCCUCUACUGUGACGGACAGUGCUUCCAGUGCAUUGGCGACAACUGCCACAACUCUCCCUGUGGGACACGACACACAUAUCACAUCCUACAAGUUGUAUCGGGAAUCCUCGCAGUGAUUGUACUUAUUGGGUCAGCCUGUGUUGUGGUAAAUCUAGCCAGACGAAAGACCAGAUGUCGAAAGAGAAAGACCACCCAGUCCGGGGAAGAGGCCACAGACGGGAGAGAUGUCUCGAAGAGCGAUGGCAGUGGUCAUUGGGCUCACAAGUACUGGGAAAUACACGAUAAAGCCACAGAUACCGAUUCGUAUGUAAGCAUUUUGUCUUUAAAUGGACUAACAUGUACAGUGACCAGUGUUAAUGAAAGCGACGUCACGAGGAAGCAAAAGUCCACUGGUCAAGAGUCCCCAUCUGUGUCAACUGACCCAGCCGCCGUGCAGUCUGAUUCGGACAAAACAAGACAUCACUGGGAAAAGGAAACUAUGGACGGCUGUUUCAAGCAUGGUGGACUGAAUAUGAAUCCAGAGUCGAACCUGACUGCAGAAGGUCCACUUGAUACUACGUCUGGAGGUCGAGCAAUCCAAAAACCGUAUUUGUGGAAGUCAUCGUCACUUUCCGACUUGGUUGAAUCAAGGAAGACAUUGGUCCAAAAUAGAUGUAAUGUUAGUCUUAACUGCCUAUCAUCAAACACACAACAAUUGAUCAGGAAGACCAAUUCAAUUAUUUUAAUAGAGCGAAACUGUGACUUGUCUCAAGUGUAUGUGAGAUAUCUCACACCUGGGAAGGUUGACAUCCAGCCUGAAAACAGACCUUAAUAAUGAUGUAUAAACCUUGUUGAAUACGUUAUUGAUGUUUGUACAAAAAAUAAUGGUAGAUAUAUUGGUAUUCCUGUUUGGAGAGUUGAUGGAUCAUCCUGGGUCACAAACAAAAUACGGACAUAUCUGAACUGUUGAAUCAUUCCAUUCUAAGAUCUCGCCUCCUGAUUUGUUUUGAUGACUGGAAGAGUUCUUCUAUUAUUGUCUUCCGCAAUGACUUGUACACUUGCCUGUGCCUUUACAACUACAUUCAGGAUGUUAUGACACAUGAUUAUAUGUCUGAAUAAAACAUGGACUACCGUCA